AUGCUUUCCGCUGUAUCCAUAUUUCUCUCUGUAUUUCAACUAAUAAAUGCUAGCCCUGCUAUAUUCAGUGUCUACGAUGAUCUACUAGCAUUCCCCAAGUAUGAGAUAGUUAUCUCUGAGACAUAUAUCUCGAAUACAGAAGCCUCUGCGCUUCUCUCCAAGACAUCACCACUAACUCUACCCCAAUCUUCUAAACCAUCCGAGUCUACCACAUCUUUCUCGGACCAGACCGACGAGCCCAAAUCUACCAACUCCGACUUGCAUGUGAGCCAUGAACUCAUAUAUUUUCACCAGGAGCCCUAUCUUUGCAAAAUUCCCCUGCUAGAGACCCCUAUGCGCAAUGAAACUUUAGAGCAGGAAACUCGAGCCGCUGAGCGUCAGGAGUUGGCUAGGGCUACGGUUCGAGGCUGGGAACUCCUUCAAGAGCUUGAAGACGAAUGCCUCUAUUUUAUUUCAGGAUGGUGGAGCUACAGCUUUUGUCAUAAUUCUGAAGUUACCCAAUUCCAUCAAUUGGCCCCUCAGCCCGGUAAAAUAGGUCCACCUAAGCGGGACCCAAGUACAAAGCAAUUCGUACUUGGCAGAGUCACGACGCAGGAUAAUGAUCGGGCAAUAUCAUGGAAGAAGAGUAAUCGGAAUGCUGAGAUGAAUACACGAAAGUCGACGCCUAGAAUGGAGUUGCAAGCCAAGGGGGGCACAAGGUACCUUGUCCAGAGACUAGAAGGUGGGACAAUUUGUGAUCUAACCGGUAAACCUCGAAAGAUUGAAGUUCAAUUCCACUGCAGCCCUACAGCUACGGAUCGUAUCGGUUAUAUUAAAGAACUCGUCACAUGUUCAUACCUAAUGGCCAUUUACACUCCCCGUCUUUGCGACGAUGUUGCAUUUCUACCACCCAAGGAAAAUAAGGCACAUACAAUUACCUGCCACACUGUUGUCCCUGACAAGGACCUUGCUAAGAUGGUUGAGCUACAGGCAGCCGGAACCCAACUAGGUCCUGAAAGCCCGGAAGCAGAGACUGUGGAACCCCCUAAAAUAGUUGGUGGUAUCGUAUUAGGCGCCGGAAAGUGGAUUAAUAUCGAUUCGGAGCGUAUGCCGAUUCCUGAUGAUUUUAGCGAUGAAUUUUCUCAGCAAGACGAUGCCAUUGUAGAAAUAAUUGCACGAGCAAAGAGCAAGACAGAAGGAGGGCAGGUUGAGGUAGCAACAGAGGCUGAUUUGAAGAAGCUGGACCUAGAUCCUGAAAUGAUUGAGACUUUGAGGAAAGAAGUGCAGAAGCUGGCGAACGAAAAGGGGUGGAAAAUCGAGAUAAUCGAUGCGCCGGGCCAGACACGGAAAAUAUUGGGAAUAGUUGAUGGGAACGAUGAUGACGAAGAGGGAGCAGGCGAAAAGAACGAUGAUUUGUCUAACAAAGAUGAACUAUGA